AUGUCAACCGCUCGCCAGCAACCGCCAUGGAACCAGCCCCAGCUGCACCCUGAAUCCGCUUCGCGUCUACCUCCCUUGAAGAUUUACAACUCUCUUACCCGAUCGAAAGUCCCAUUCGUUCCUCUUGAUCCCAUUGGCCGAAAAGUUACUUGGUAUGCCUGUGGGCCGACAGUCUACGAUGAUGCGCAUCUAGGCCAUGCCAGAAACUAUGUCACCAACGAUAUUCUACGGCGAAUAAUGCGCGAUUAUUUCAAAUUCGAUGUUGAGUUUAUUAUGAAUAUCACAGAUGUGGAUGAUAAGAUAGUUCGCUCGGCAUUUGCCGCUUUCCUGGAACGGAACCUUCCACUCCUUGAGGCUGGACUAGCCCCCGAGCGCUAUGGGGAGGAGGCAGAGAAGGUGUACGCUGCCAUCCUGAAUGGCGCAGCUCUUGAUGGAAGUGAAAAGCCUGGGGAUGAAGAAGCGAAGUUGAAAAUGAAAAUAAAAACCGCGUCAUCUGCGGCGAAUGCACUCACAAAAGUAUCGUGUGCGAAGGAAAGCAUCCUGAGCGAAACAUUCUAUAAUGAUGUCCAGGAUGUACUCCUGGAAUACCUUGAUUCAAUUCAUGGAUCGUCCAUACGUGGAGAAGACCGUACAAUCUUCACCAAAUUAACGAAGAAGUACGAGGAUCGCUUUAUGCAGGAUGUUCGGGAUCUAAACGUCUUAGACCCGGACACCGUCACCCGAGUAACAGAAUACAUGCCAGAGAUUGUAAGCUUCGUUGAAAGAAUCGUCAAGCAUAGAUUCGGCUAUGUUACUUCUGAUGGAUCUGUUUAUUUUGAUAUUGGCGCCUUCGAGGCUGCGGGGAAUAGUUAUGCCAGAUUAGAGCCCUGGAAUCGGCAUGAUACGAAACUUCAUGCGGAGGGAGAAGGGGCUCUAACAAAAAAGACAAUGGAAAAACGUUCUGCUGCAGACUUCGCUCUUUGGAAAGCGUCAAAAGCUGGCGAGCCUAGCUGGCCAAGCCCUUGGGGUGAUGGCCGUCCUGGUUGGCAUAUUGAAUGCUCAGCGAUGGCAUCCGCCAAGCUUGGGAAGCAGAUGGAUAUCCAUUCCGGUGGAAUAGAUCUGGCAUUUCCACAUCAUGAUAACGAGCUGGCUCAAAGUGAAGCUUACUGGCAUGAAACCUGCGCUCACGACCAUUGGGUUAAUUACUUCCUACAUAUGGGACAUCUUUCUAUUCAAGGCUCGAAGAUGUCGAAAUCGCUCAAAAACUUCACUACAAUCCGGGAGGCUCUGGAUAAAGGGGACUGGACACCUAGAAGCCUUCGAAUAGUGUUCCUAUUAAGUGCGUGGAAGGAUGGAAUUGAAAUCACCGAGGACCUCAUCAAUGCUGGGAAUGCCUGGGAAGAAAAAGUGAACAACUUUUUCAUCAAAUCCAGAGAUGUAGUGGGUCAGCCAGACGUUGCUCCGGGUUCAGCAGAUAACACUUUAGCCGUCGCCCUUAAAUCCGCACAGGAUGCGGUUCACCAAAGCUUGUGUGAUUCGUUUAACACCGCUGGUGCGAUGUAUGCAAUAUCCGAGCUUAUAUCCAAAUAUAACAUCGCUGAUAAAUCCACAAUACCAACCAAGCACAUCCAGGAGGCUGCCAUGUGGGUUACUUCAAUGGUCAACGUAUUCGGUCUUAAUGGUAGCGCUCCGCCAACCCCAACUGAAAUUGGCUGGUCAGGCAUUGAUAUCCCAGAUGCUGCAAAACCUUAUCUCUAUCCUUUGUCUACAAUGCGGGAUUCCCUUCGGGAAGCCGCCAGAGCGAAGGACGGAAUAUCAGAGGAAACCUUGAAGUCUAUUGUUGAAAUAGGGACCGCAGCAAUCCAGCGAAACUCAGGGGUGGCCGAAGCGGAGGCGGGAAUUUACAAGGAUGUCCUAUUGGAUUUCUCCACGAAGAUAUCCUCCCUGGAGAAAACCAACUCUAUUUCAAAGGAAAUCCUUACUCUCUGCGACCGCGUUCGUGACGUAGACCUAUUUUGA